AUGGGCCCGCGGAGCCGCGGGCGUCGAGCCGGAGCAGUGCAGCACACCAAUGACAGCAGCGCCCUCAGCAAGAGUUCCCUAGCAGCGUACGGGUACGUGCACGACACCUUUGCUGCGUUACUAGUUCCGGGGACCGCGCGCCGCGCGCCACUCGUCCACCGCGGCUACUACGUCCGCGCACGCGCUGUAAGGCACUGCGUGCGUGCCUUCCUGGAGCAGACAGGCGCGGCCUCUGGUGGACGUCGCGCCCAGAUCUUGUCGCUAGGUGCCGGCUCAGACGCGCUUUAUUUUCGCCUCAAAACUAAAGGCCGCCUGUCCUGGGCUGCUGUCUGGGAGGUAGAUUUUCCCGACGUGGCGAGGCGCAAAGCGGAGAAGAUUCGAAAAACGCCGGAAUUGUGCGCUGUAACCGGUCCUUUCCGGAGUGGGGGCCCAGCGUCUGCGCUGUGCUUUGAGAGCUUGGACUACCGCAUCCUGGGCUUGGACCUGAGGCAGGUCGAGCGAUUGGACAAGGCCCUAGCUGCCGCAGGCCUUGAUGCAGCCGCACCCACUUUGUUCCUAGCCGAGGCCGUGCUGACCUACCUGGAGCCGGAUAGUGCCGCUGCUCUCAUAUCCUGGGCAGCCCAGCAUUUUCCUAAUGCUCUUUUCGUGGUCUACGAGCAGAUGAGACCACAUGACACCUUUGGCCAAUUCAUGCAGCAACAUUUUCAGCAUCUAAAUUCUCCUCUUCAUGGCUUGGACCGAUUUCCUGACGUGGAGUCCCAGCAGCGCCGCUUCCUUCAGGCUGGCUGGACUGCCUGCCGUGCCAUGGACAUGAAUGAAUUCUAUCGCUGCUUCGUACCCUCAGAAGAACGCUGGCGCAUGGAAAAUCUUGAACCCUUUGACGAGUUUGAGGAGUGGCAUCUGAAGUGUGCCCACUAUUUCAUUCUGGCUGCUUCUAAGGGAGACACUCUCUCCCAAACUUUGGUGUUUCCAUCCUCAGAGGUGUUUCCUCGGGUAGAUCCUGCUUCCCCUUCAGGGACCCUCUCUGCCAGUGUAAUCACUAGUGACAGCCAGGGUCCAAACUUUAAAAGAUACGGUCAUGCCUCUGUCCUUUUGAGCCCAGGCAUUAUUCUCAGUGCAGGUGGAUUUGGAGAGCAGGAGGGGCGGCAUUGCCGAAUCAGCAAGUUUCACUUGCUCUCAAAAUACUGUGACUUUGAAUGGAAAGGCAAACAGAUACACAGUUGGGGAACUGAAACUCAGUGGGAUGGACGCCUUUAUCACACCAUGACAAGACUUUCAGAUACUCGAGUUCUGGUUCUUGGAGGGAGACUGUCCCCAGUAACUCCAGCCUUGGGAAUUCUCCAGCUUCAUUUUUUUAAAAAUGAGGAUAAUAGCACUGAGGAUAUAAAUGUAACAGUAACAAAGGCUGGCCCAGAAGAAGAUUCCACUUUGUCAUGUUGGCGGCAUUCAACAACAGAAGUAUCCUAUAAGAAUCAGAAGUAUUUGUUUGUGUAUGGGGGUCGAAGUGUGGUGGAACAUGCACUAAGUGACUGGCAUUUUCUACAUGUAGUGACAAUGACUUGGGUCAGGAUCUCAGUGGAGGGGAAGACACCUGAAGGUCGGCAUUCCCACAGUGCCUGCAGCUGGCAAGGGGGAGCCCUUAUUGCUGGAGGUCUAGGUGCUUCUGAGGAGCCAUUGAGCUCUGUACUUUUCCUGAAACCAAGCACUUGUGGAUUCCUCUGGGAAUCAGUAGACAUCCAGCCUCCCAUUACUCCAAGGUACUCCCACACAGCUCAUGUACUUAAUGGGAAUCUUCUGCUGGUUGGAGGGGUCUGGAUUCAUUCCCCCUCAGUUCCUGGGGUGACUGUGAUCAAUUUGACUACAGGAUUGAGCUCUGAGUAUCAGAUUGACACAACAUGUGUGCCGUGGCCAUUGAUGUUACACAACCAUACCAGCAUACUCCUUCCUGAAGAGCAACAGCUUCUGCUCCUUGGAGGUGGUGGGAACUGCUUUUCCUUUGGCACCUACUUCAACCCUCAUGCAGUAGCAUUAGACUUUUCUUCCUUGAGUGCUGGGCAGUAAAACUGGACUUUUGAUAUAUGCAGGACCUAUUAAAGUUGACAAUAAAGGUUUCCACAAAUAGGA